AUGCUCGAGAUGAGGGAGCACAUCGGGAGGGAGAAGUGGAUCGCCAUUGAGAAGGCCAAGAUUCUGAGGGAGAGGCUCCGCUGGUGCUAUCGCGUCGAAGGUGUCAAUCACCACCAGAAAUGUCGCCACCUCGUCGAGGAGUACCUGGAGUCCCCAUGUCCACUCUUCUUCCAGCUAGGAACGCCGUCCUCUAGUCGCGGAAGUGGGACGACGAGGAGAUUUGGGGGUUUUGGCUUUUGGGUGAGAAGAGGAGAGUUGAGUGCAGGAUAG